AUGGAAGACGCUACCGCUGAGCAAGAAUAUAUAUCUUCUGGUGAAUCAGACGACGAUGGAGAAAAGCAGCCCGCAGAGGAUCUAAACGACGUGACAAAAAGACGUCGAGCACAGAAUGCUCAGUUUGAGGCUCUGCUUUCAAAACGUGCUGAUACAGGCCCGGUGACGAAGAAAACUGUACGCGCAGAUAUCCCCGAUGCUGAGCUUUCUACUGCACACUUAGUUGCACGAAAAGACCUAGGACAUGGGGUGUUGGAUCCUCGGGAAUACCAGCUGGAGCUCUUCGAGAGGGCUAAGGCACAAAACACGAUUGCGGUUCUCGAUACGGGGUCUGGAAAGACGUUGAUUGCCGUGCUGUUGCUGAAGCACGUCAUCGAGAAAGAGCUGAACGAUCGUGCUGAGGGAAAGCCACCUCGCAUUUCAUUCUUUCUGGUCGACAGCGUCACACUCGUAUAUCAGCAGGGUGCUGUGUUGCGCAACAACCUCGACCAAAAUGUUGGUCAGUUCUUCGGUGCCAUGGGAGCAGACUUGUGGAACAAGCAGACCUGGGACGAGCACUUCAACGCGAAUAUGGUAAUUGUAUGCACGGCAGAGAUUUUAAACCAAUGUCUCCUCAACUCGUACUUGAGGAUGGAUCAGAUCAAUUUGUUGAUCUUCGACGAGGCACAUCACACCAAGAAGAAUCACGCUUAUGCGCGGAUUAUUCGCGAUUCAUAUCUCAAAAACCCUCCGUCCAAGCGCCCGAGAGUAUUUGGGAUGACCGCAUCACCGAUUGACGCUCGAGGUGAUAUCGUAGAUGCAGCCGCAAAGCUAGAGACACUGCUGGAUAGCCAGAUUGCAACAACCUCGAACUUGACCCUCCUACGACAAUUCAUCAAACGUCCAACAGAGAGGGAAUGGGCAUACGACAGGCUUGAAGCACCAUUCGGGACCGAAUUGUACAAAUCCAUGAAAGACCGCUUUGGUGACAUCGCAUCAUUGGAACCCGUCUUCAGAUUUGCUUGGAACGCCAGCUCCGAACUGGGCAAAUGGUGUUCAGAUCGGGCAUGGGCUCAUGCUCUAGCAGAAGAUGUACUGCCAAAGCUCGAAGGUCAAGUCAGCAAAGCCAUUAAUGAGGAAAGCUCUGGGAGGGUCCGUGAAAGCGCAUAUAAGGAGAUUGAACGGAUCAAGGAUGCCAGCGACAUUGUCAGGAACCAUACCUUCGAUAGCCCCGAUGCUCCCGGCUCACUCAGCUCUAAAGUGCAGCUCUUGUAUAAAGAACUUCGCAAGCAGUUUGAAUACCCCACGGACACCAAAUGCAUUGUCUUUACCGACAUGCGAUACACGGCCAGGAUAUUAUUUGAGCUAUUCACCGAAUUGAACAUUCCAUACAUGCGUCCCGGUGUGCUGGUUGGCGUCCGGACCGGUGAUCUCGCCGCAAUGAACAUAACCUUCCGUCAACAGUUCAUUGCGCUGGUUAAGUUCCGAAAAGGAGAAAUAAAUUGCUUGUUUGCCACUUCGGUAGCUGAAGAGGGACUCGAUAUUCCGGACUGUAACUUGGUUGUCAGGUUUGAUCUAUACCAUACCCUCAUCCAGUAUGUACAGAGCCGAGGUCGGGCGCGGCAUUCUGAUUCAACUUAUGCUACCAUGGUUGAAAAGGAUAACGUUGAACAUCGAGAACGACUUGCGGAAGUUCGAGAUGCUGAGCAAACUAUGCAGAGCUUUUGUGAAGCCCUACCAGAAGAUCGACUGCUCAACGGCGGCGAGCAUGACUUGGAGACGAUUCUCCAACAUGAGGAAGGCAAAAGAACAUACAAGAUUGCGUCCACAGGAGCAAUGUUAACGUACCAUUCGGCAAUGGCUAUUCUUGCGCGCUAUGCCAGCUCUUUGCAAUAUGAGAAAGAGUCAUUGACCCAAGUUACAUACGUUACCCUUCCCGUGAACAAUACUUAUGUCUGUGAAGUUAUCCUACCGGAGAAGUCGCCCAUUCGAGGAAUAACUGGAAGCCCGGCGAUGAAAAAGUCGAGCGCAAAGCAGUGCGCAGCAUUUGAUGCUUGUCUCCUACUGCGAAAACACAAGCUGCUCGAUGAUCAUUUCAACUCGAUCUAUCAUAGGCGGCUACCUGCUAUGCGGAAUGCAAAACUGGCCAUCACGUCGAAGCAUACAAAUGAAUACGACAUGAUAUCCAAGCCGUCUUUCUGGGAUAUUCCGGAGGGAGCCUUGCCAACCAAUCUCUAUGCUGUUCUCAUCUCGUUCAAACCCUCGGAGCCUCUCUCAAGAGCACACGGCGAUAUCAUCUUGCUUGGACGGGAAAGGCUCCCAGAUUUUCCGUCAUUUUCCAUUUUCCUUGAUGAGGAUGUGGAAACCAACAUCAGCUCAACAACUGUACUCGACGUCUUGGAGGUCUCCGAUGAAGAGCUGGAUUGCCUAACUGAUUUCACGCUUCGCGUCUUUCGCGAUGUUUUCCACAAGGUAUAUACUAAGGAACCAAAGAAAAUUCCAUACUGGCUUGCCCCAGCAGUUCAGUCGACUGAACUGAAUAGCUUUAUUCCGUCUCGCGAUUUAAUCGACUGGGAAACGCUAUCUUUCGUCCAGCAAAACGAGGAGUUCCAAUUCUCCUCUGACAUUGACCCAAAGUCGUUGGUCAAUCGACUCGUUUAUGAUCCCUGGGAUGGUAGGUUCCGGCUCUUUACCGGUGAAGUUGAUGAUACUCUGCGCCCCACUGACCCUCCACCGGAAUGGGUGCAUCGUCGGAGACACAUGGACAACAUCAUGAGCUACUGCGUUAGUCUUUCUAAGAACUCACGUGCUAAAUUCUUCGCGAAAGCCAAUUGGGACCAGCCAGUUUUUCAUGCUCAAUUGAUUCGUCUUCGAAGAAAUCUACUAGACAAAAUGGUGGAUCAGGAAAGAGAAGUCGAAACCAGAAGCGUCGUCUGCCUGGAAGCCCUGAGAAUAUCAGCUAUUCCGACCUCACUUGUUACUUCAUUCCUCGCCUUCCCUGCAAUUAUUAGCAGAAUGGAUUCCCAUCUGAUUACCCUCGAUGCGUGUAAAACUCUGGACUUGACCGUCCAUCCUGAGUUUGCCUUGGAAGCAUUCACGAAAGAUUCCGACAACACCGAGGAACACAAGGGCCAGCAGAUCCAUUUCCAGCGUGGUAUGGGAAAGAAUUACGAGCGCCUUGAGUUCCUGGGCGAUUGUUUCCUGAAGAUGGCAACGUCCAUUGCCUUGUUCACGCAGAAGCCUGACGAUGACGAGUACGACUAUCACGUCAACCGGAUGUGUCUUAUUUGCAACAAGAAUCUGUUCAAUGUCGCCAUCAAGAAGAAGCUUUACAUGUACAUUAGGAGCCGUGGAUUUUCCAGACACACAUGGUACCCGGUAGGUCUUACGCUGCAAAAGGGUAAAGAUCACAGCAAGAAGGUUACCUCAGAAAGCAAACACUCAUUGGGAGAGAAGACAAUUGCCGACGUGUGCGAAGCGUUGAUCGGUGCAUCCCUGCUCUCGGGUGCCCCCGACCACCGGUUCGACAUGGCUGUCAAAGCAGUCAGUGCACUAGUUGGCAGUGAGAAUCACACGGCAACGAACUGGAAAGACUAUUUCAGUGUCUACUCUCUUCCUCAAUACCAGACUAUGAAAGCAGAUGGGUUUGAAAUUGACCUCGCCAAAAAAGUGGAGGAGAAAUUGGGUUAUCAAUUUCGUUAUCCCCGACUGUUGCGGUCUGCAUUUACUCACCCUUCAUACCCUUCAGCGUGGGCUAAGGUGCCGUGUUAUCAGCGACUUGAGUUCUUGGGUGAUUCGUUGCUGGAUAUGGUCUGUGUUGAAGAUCUGUACACGAGGUUUCCUGAUAAGGACCCCCAAUGGCUCACAGAGCACAAGAUGGCGAUGGUAUCCAACAAGUUCCUGGGUGCACUAUCAGUGCGACUCCAACUCCACACACACCUCCGGCACUUCAGCAACCCAUUGCAGUCUCAGAUCACUCAUUAUGCUGAGGAGAUUCAGACUGCGGAGGCUGAGGGCGAGGGCGCUGUGGACUACUGGGUUGGUACUAAAGAUCCGCCGAAAUGCUUGUCUGACAUGGUCGAGUCUUACCUUGGAGCUGUGUUUGUCGAUUCGGAGUUCAACUUCGAAGUGAUUGAAACAUUCUUCAACAAAUAUGUCAAGCCGUUCUUCCACGACAUGUCCAUCUACGAUACGUUUGCCAACAAGCACCCAACUACCUACCUGCACAACAAACUCACCAACGAGUAUGGAUGCACCAACUACUGCCUCAAAGCGGGUGAAUUCCCGGGAGUCGAUGGAACCCCUGCCAGUGUACUCGCCGCAGUGAUAGUACAUGACGCCGUCAUUGGUGAAGCAACGGCAUCUUCUGGCCGCUACGCCAAAGUCAAAGCGAGUGAGAAAACCUUGGCUUUGCUUGAAGAGAUCUCGCCUGCCGAAUUCCGCGAAAAAUACCAUUGCGACUGCCGCGAGGUCAAGGAUGGCCAGGAUAAUAUGCCGGAUGUUGGAACUGCAAUUUAG